AUGUCAUCAAUAUUGAAACCUGUGGCGCCAUCUGAUGUAAGAUCUCGCCCGAGGACAAAGAUCACUGUGGUUGGUGUGGGAUCCGUGGGCAUGGCCUCUGCUUUCGCGUUAAUGGAGAUAACAGGAGAGCUUUGUCUAAUUGACAUUGCGGUAGAUAAAGUAAAAGGUGAGGUGCUUGACCUGCAACAUGGGCAACAAUUUCUGAGGAGAUGUAACGUGCACGGAGGCUCUGAUUACAAAGAUAGUGCGAAUUCUGAUAUUGUUGUAAUAACAGCUGGUGCUCGUCAGAAUGAAGGAGAAUCAAGGCUAAAUCUUGUCCAGAGGAAUGUUGACAUCUUCAAGCAAAUGAUUCCAAAUAUCGUGAAGUACAGUCCGAAUUGCAUCAUUGUAGUCGUGUCGAAUCCCGUGGACGUAUUGACCUAUGUUGUUGCUAAACUCAGUGGUUUUCCACCUCAUCGAGUUAUCGGCACAGGAACAAUGCUUGACUCUGCCCGUUUCCGUUAUCUAUUAGGAGAAAAAUUGGGGGUGGCAGCGAAUUCCGUACACGGUUACGUCAUUGGUGAACAUGGAGAUUCGAGUGUGCCGAUAUGGAGUAAUGUCAACGUAGCUGGUGUCCGAUUGUCCUCAAUUAAUCCAAAGAUAGGAACACCAGAUGACCCGGAAAAGUUUGAAGACAUACACAAGGAGGUGGUUGAGAGUGCUUAUGAAAUAAUCAGAUUGAAAGGAUAUACCUCCUGGGCAAUUGGGCUUACUUGCCGUUCAUUGUGCAACGCAAUUCUCCAUAAUUUACAUGCGGUUUACCCACUUACAACCUGCGCCAAAGGCAUCCAUGGUAUUCAAAAUGAUGUAUAUCUCAGCUUACCCUGUUUGCUGACCUCCGUUGGAGUAAGUCAUAUCGUACCACAGCAGCUGAAUGAGCAAGAGCAGAAGAAAAUCACCGCAAGCGCCGACACACUUUGGAAAGUUAUCCAAGGCAUAAAAUGGUGA